AUGAAACAAAAAAAUCCAUUUCUAGUCGACAAUCGACUCAAAAUUCAUGUGUGGGCUGCCGAAAGCCGAUUUCGGUAUUUUCUUCACCUUGAAAACCGGAAAAGUUGGAAAAGAAAGAAAUUAGAAAAACAAGUUUCUGCUUUAAAAAUCGAUGUGAAUAACUUAAAAGAUAAUUGCAUGCUGGCGAGCCAAUUGUUACCAAAAAUUAUUGGAAUACAGGAACAAAUUAGUCGAUUAAAAAACCAACAAGAAAACCAAAACAACGAAAUUUCCCAUAUUGAAGAAUUGGAAAAACAAGUUGAACAAUUACAAGUUCAAUUAGUUGAUAACCCUGAUAACCAACAAUUCAAAAAGUUUUUGAGCAAUGCUUUGUUGUGUGCCAAUAGAAAGCAAGGUUUCACUGAACAAAACAAACAGUUGUUAAGCACUGUUGCUUCUUCGUUAGAAGACAUGAUACCUCCCGUUUCCCGAGAGGAUAUUUUUAGAAUUAAAAAUUUAGUAGACCAAGGUGAACUGUUCGGUCAAAGUAAAGGAGAUGAAAAAAAUUUAAGCAAUUUGAAUAUCGAGAAACAAAACUUUUAUCGAAAAAAAGAUGAUUAUCUUGAUGACAACGGAAAUAUUGAGCAAUUACAAUCCCAGCAAGAACAAGCCCAAAUACAGCUUAAUCAAGUUGGGGAAAAAGUUAAUGAAAGUAUUUCAACCUUUCAAACACAAAUGGGCAAAGUUGAUAAUGAAGUUAGUGAAUUAACCAACAAAGUAGAUAAUUUAACAACUUCAAAUCAACAAACUCAAAAUGAAGUUGACAAAAUAAAAACUGAUUCAGAAAAAACCGAAGAUAUUCUUGCCAGGCACGAAAACAGAAUUGAUAAAGUUGAAAAUCAUAUUGCGGAAACAAAAAAACAGGAAGCAAACGAAAUAAUUGAGAAGGCCAUUCAAUUACAAAAGCGGGAAAAGGCCGAAGCUCAAGCGAGAAACCAAAACAUUUUCAACCCAUAUAAUCCUCGCAACUGA